CGCACUCUCCCUCAAACUCAGCACAAAAAUCUCCAGAUACCCUAAAAAAUCCCUCCAAAAUGGUGCUGGCGAAAUCGAAGAAGAGUGUCGGACUGGGCAACAGCCUGAUGAACGACAGGUUUGGGAAAGGUAAGGGUGCGGAUAUGCGGCGGGGCAACUUCCAAGGAGAGGGCAUUAAGAGAACUGGUAUGAAUGGAGAAACUUACGUCACAAAUGCAAAGAAAGAGGCAUCGUGGGUGAAAAUGCGCUCCGUCACCGAACAAGCCGCCCUGGACGAAUUUCUCUCGACGGCCGAACUUGCCGGAACAGACUUCACCGCGGAGAAGAUCAAUAACGUCAAAAUCAUCCACAAAGACCAGAAGAACCCAUACUUGCUGUCAGCGGCAGAGGAACGCGCGACCGUGCGAAAACACCGAGAGAACAAGCAGAGAUUGACUGUGCCACGGCGCCCUGCAUGGGAUGAGAAAACGACACCUCAGCAACUCGAUACGCUGGAAAGGGAGUCACUAUUGCAAUGGAGGAGGGGAUUGGCUGAAUUGCAAGAGAACAAUGACCUGCUCAUGACUCCAUUUGAGCGCAAUCUUGAGGUAUGGAGGCAAUUGUGGCGAGUCAUCGAGCGGUCAGAUCUGGUUGUGCAGAUUGUGGACGCCAGGAACCCUCUGCUCUUCCGAUCCGAAGAUCUUGAAAAUUACGUCAAGGAGGUGGAUCCUAAGAAAAACAACUUGCUGCUCGUGAAUAAGGCGGAUAUGAUGACUUUGGAGCAGAGGCAGGCUUGGGCAGAUUAUUUCGUCCACGCCGGCAUCAACUUCAGAUUCUUUUCGGCUGAGCUGGCGAAAGAGAUGAAUGAGGCUAGGAACCUUAAGGAAGGCGGUGAAUCUGAUUCAUCCGAUGGAUAUCUCGACGAUGAUGAGGUCGAAGAAGAAAUCGAUGCGGAUGGAGAUGAUUUGGCGAAGGAAGCCCAAAAGAUCGACAUUCAGGACCAAAGAGAGGAGGAUCAAUGGGCCGAUGAAGGAAAUGUGGGUGCCUCUGGCAAUGAUAUCCCAUUGACAGAGGAGGAAGAGCGGGUCCGCAUAUUGACCACAGACGAGCUCGAGGCCCUGUUCCUAGAACAUUCGCCUGAUAUCGACACUGGACCGGAUGGCGCCCCUCGAAAGACUCAAAUUGGACUUGUCGGUUAUCCAAACGUUGGAAAGUCAUCCACUAUCAACGCACUUAUCGGUGCAAAGAAGGUUUCCGUUUCUGCAACUCCCGGAAAGACGAAGCACUUCCAGACGAUUCACUUAAGUGAUCAGGUCAUCCUGUGUGAUUGCCCUGGUCUAGUGUUUCCCAACUUCGCCACAACAAAGGCUGAGCUCGUCUGCUCUGGUAUACUUCCAAUCGACCAGCUGCGCGAAUUUACUGGUCCCGGUGCCCUUGUCGCGCAGCGAAUACCCCAGUCUUUCUUAGAAGCGAUAUAUGGCAUGAAGAUCGAGAUUCGACCACUUGAGGAAGGCGGUACGGGUACUCCGACCGCAGAAGAACUUCUCCGUUCGUAUGCUUCUGCUAGAGGUUUCUCAACUCAAGGCCUGGGGCAGCCCGAUGAGUCACGAGCAGCUCGCUACGUCCUGAAAGACUACGUUAAGGGGAAACUGCUCUUCUGUCAUCCCCCUCCCUCAGACCCACCCAUCGACCCAAAACAUUUCAAUCGCGAGCUAUAUGAUCUGGAUCAUCUCCCUGCGAAACGCCGCGCACAUCUCACCUCGUUAGCCGGUCCGUCUUCACUGGCUGGAACCGAAGAUGCUUCGCUCAUAGAAGUCGAGUUGGGCAUGAUAUCCACAGCACCUGUGCAAGGCGCGAAGACAUCAAGGUUAGACAGGAAAUUCUUCGCGCCAGGUCAGGGGAACGCACAUGUAGCUAUGCCGUUUCAUCAUCAGUACAGCGAGCAGGGCAAAGAAUUGUCGGGGAGGAAGCUGAAGACUGUGAUAGCGCUUGAGAGGGAUGUCGAUCCGAGCGAGUUGCGACUGAAUAGUAAAAAGCACUUCAAGGCCAAUAAGAGGAAGAACAAAGCUAAGAAGGUUGAGUAUGACUGAGUUAGCAUGGAGAUGGUUGCGUGUUCCUAGACCUAAUGAAUGGUCAGGGAGGCCGAGCAGCCUCUUCGCUAUAUACAAGAGGUUGUGGCGUUAAUUCAUGCCAGGUUCUUCUUCCUGCACGUCAGAUUUUGCUCCCAGAGUCCAACCAUUAACACCACUAUAUCCUCUCGCCAUCCCCUCCCUCUAUCCCUCCUCCUCCCUCGUAAUCCACUUCC